CCUUUAGCGGACUGGGAUGUAGAUGAUGUUUAUAAUUUUGUGUCACAAAUCUUAUCAUCGGAUGAAAUUGCAAAUAUCUUCCGAGAGCAUGAAAUUUGUGGUGAGGCAUUAUCACUACUGAACGAAAAUCAUAUGUUAUCUACCAUGAAUAUAAAGCUUGGCCCAGCCCUCAAAAUA